AUGCAGAAGUCAGAGAUUGCCAACUGCAAGUGGGGUGAGCUCCACCCAUUCUUAAAAAGGGGCCACCUUGGAAGAAACACUGAUGAGGAGAAAGGUUCGACAACCACGCUUGACAUCUUGAAUUACCAGUCUCUCCAGAACAGAACCAAAGCUCAAGUGAGCAUUGGCAAGUUCGUCUUUGAAGUUCAUGGUGCUCAGCACUUUCCCCUAAAUGAUCAGCUGAUAACUCUGGGUAAAUACUAUAGUGAAGCUCCUUUUGCUGUCUGCACUCUAAGUUGCCUACUGGGAUUCAGAAAAACGCCUAUUGAAGGAAAGCUUUGUUGUUUUGAUUGCCUGCCUUGCCCAGAUGGAGAGAUGGCAAAUGAGACAGGUAUGGAUCAAUGCAUCAAGUGUCCAGAAGAUCAGUAUCCAAAUAAACAGAGAAAUCAGUGUCUUCCUAAAAUUAUGACAUUUCUGUCCCAUGAAGAUACUCUGGGAGCUGUUUUGGUCUCUGCGGCCAUACGUUUAUUUGUCUUCUUAGCUCUGAUUUUAGGAUUAUUUAUCCACUAUCGGGACACACCCAUGGUCAGAACAAAUAACCAAAAUCUCAGCUAUAUUCUGCUUGUUUCUCUAAUGCUCUGUUUCUUUUUCUCGUUGAUAUUCAUUGGUCAACCUAGGACAGUCACCUGUGUCCUGAGACAAACAAUUUUUGGGGUUGCAUUUUCUGUUGCUGUCUCUGCUACCUUAGCAAAAACCUUCAUUGUGGUUAUGGCCUUCAAAGCCAUCCAACCAGGGAGUGCAUGGCGACCAUGGAUGGUGACCCGACCCUCAAAUGCUCUAGUCAUCAGUGUUUCCUUCAUCCAAGUGUGCAUCUGUGCGGUCUGGCUUGGGACAUAUCCUCCUUUCCCUGGCAUUGACAUGCAGUCAGAGUUUGAGCAAAUCAGCCUGUGGUGUAACGAGGGCUCCACCCUUGCCUUCUAUUGUGUCCUGGGGUACCUGGGUUUUCUUGCAGUUCUGAGCUUGCUUAUUGCUUUUCUACCAGACAGCUUCAAUGAAGCAAAAACAAUCACCUUCAGCGUGCUGGUUUUCUGCGUUGUGUGGAUUCCUUUCAUACCCACUUACCUGAGCUCCAAAGGCAAAACCAUGGUGGCUGUGGAAAUUCUUUCCAUUCUGGCCUCUGGCGCUGGCUUAUUGGCCCAUAUAUUUCUUCCCAAGUGCUAUGUGGUCCUACUAAGAUCAGAUGACCAGUCAAGAGGAAAAUUCUUUAACACAACUUCCUUCUUAAGGCAAAGGAAUUUAUUGCGACAUGUAUGA